UGUAUCCUAGUGUUUUAUGAGUACCAAUGCUGCGUCAUGAGCAUAUCCCUAGAGACAACAUCAAUCAAGACUCUUUUUUUUUUUUGAGAAGAAAUCAAGACUCUUUUAAGUGUUCCUUAAUUAGUUGUAUGUAUAUGGCUGCUUCCAGCAGAGAUAUGGCUGAAUCUCCGCCCCCUCCUAAUAAGGCUACCGAGGAAGAGUUACGGUCAAAGAGUGUCCAAGAACUGGUCAUCAAUGGUGGACAGCCACCAGAUAAUUAUGUUUACAAAAACAGUACAGCGGGAGUGCCUGAUGUUCAUACUCCUAAUUUGAAUGAAAUUCCAGUCAUAGACCUUGGUAACCUCAAAUCUUCGGCAACCACAGUAGAAGAAGAGCUAGAGAAGCUUCGGUCUGCUCUCAGUUCAUGGGGUUGCUUUCAGGCAAUAAAUCAUGGAAUGACAAGUUCAUUUCUAGACAAAGUCCAUGAAGUUACCAAGCAAUUCUUUUCACUUCCAAUGGAUGAGAAGCGUAAAUACUCCAGAGAAGCCAACAACAUCGAAGGUUAUGGAAAUGAUAUCAUCUUUUCAGACCAUCAAAUACUUGAUUGGACUGACCGACUGAUUCUCAUGGUAAGCCCAGAAGACCAGCGAAAGUUCACAUUUUGGCCUAAUAAUCCCACAGAUUUCAGGGAUAUUUUACUCAAGUAUACAAUGGAGUUGAGCCUCAUAACUGAAGUCAUCCUCAAAGCCAUGGCAAAGUCACUAAAUUUGGAGGAUAACUGCUUUUUGGAGCAGAUGGGAGAACGAUCAACAAUGUUAACAAGAUUUAACUUAUAUCCUCCAUGUCCAAGGCCUGAUCUUGUUCUUGGCCUUAAACCACAUGCAGAUGGAUCAGCAAUCACCUUUGUUUUGCAAGACAAAGAGGUGGAAGGUCUCCAAUUCCUGAAAAACAACCAGUGGAUCAGAGUUCCAGUCAUUCCUCAGGCUCUUCUCAUAAAUAUAGGUGAUCAAGCAGAGAUAAUGAGUAAUGGAAUAUUCAAGAGCCCAGUGCACAGAGUAGUGACAAAUUCAGAAAGGGAGCGGAUUUCUGUGGCAGUGUUCUGUUCUCCAGACUCUGAUAUAGAGAUUGAACCAAUAGGCAGGUUGGUCAAUGACUCAAGGCCGAUACUAUACAAAAAGGUGAAGAAUUAUGCUGAUACUUAUUUCCAGUACUACCAGCAGGGAAAGAGAGCAAUUGAUGCAGUGAGAUUCUAGUUUUUGUACCAUUUUUCUCUUGUGGUUUGUAUUAAUAAAGAUCUGUUGGUCCAUUUAAAUAUUAAUGAAUAAAUAAAUGGAUAUAUUUCUAAUUAUUACAUAUUAUUUAUUUGGAUUAAAAUGGGUUGAUAAAUGAAAACAGGGGUGAGUUUCAAUUUGUUAUUUCCAGUACUACUAGCAGGGAAAGAGAGCAAUUGAUGCAGUGAGAUACUAGUUUUUGUACCUUUUUUCUCUUGUGGUUUGUAUUAAUAAAGAUCUGUUGGUCCAUUUAAAUAUUAAUGAAUAAAUAAAUGGAUAUAUUUCUAA